GGCCGCUCAAGAAGAUUCAGCCACCGCCACCACCACCUCGGAAGAAAGCUCUGACCUUGAAGAAAGAAAACGUUUGCUUGAAGAUGACGAUGAGGUCAGUGACGAUGUCAAGUUGUGGGAGCCAGGAUAUCGUAAGCGUUAUUACGAAGUGAAGUUCCAUUUAAAGACUGAUGAAGAAAUUGAACAAACUAGAAGACAAGUUGUUCGUCAUUACUUGGAAGGUGUUUCCUGGGUCUUGUUGUACUAUUACCAAGGGUGUCCUUCAUGGCAAUGGUAUUUUCCUUACCAUUAUGCCCCAUUUGCUGCUGAUUUCGUCAACAUUCAAGAUUUAGUUCCUGAAGGUACUAUCAAGUUUGACUUAGGUCAACCAUUCAGACCCUAUGAACAAUUGAUGUCGGUUUUGCCUGCUGCUUCUGGACACACUUUGCCAGAAGUAUUCCGAGAAUUAAUGUCUCAUCCCGACAGUGAAAUCAUUGAUUUCUAUCCUGAAGAAUUCAAGAUUGAUAUGAAUGGGAAGAAGAUGAGUUGGCAAGGUAUUCCAUUGUUACCGUUCAUUGAUGAAACAAGAUUGUUGACUGCUGUUCAAGCCAAGUAUGUCCUGUUGACUCCUGAAGAAGUUGACAGAAACACCAAUAAAGAAGCGGUGUUGUUCAUCUCGACGCAAAAUAAAAACUAUACCAAGUUUCAAGAAGAAUUGUACAAGAAUGAAGCUGAUAAGGUAGUGUUCAAGUUUGCCAGGAGUAGUUUAGCGGGAACAGCUAUUAAAAACGACCAAUUCAAGCCUAACGGUAUUUUCAAGUUCCCAUUGAAAGAAGGCAGUAUGCCUAAUAUUGACAAUAAGGAGUUCUUGCAAGUGACGUAUGAGAUGCCACCCAAGAAGUUGGGUAAGAGUAUGUUGUUGAACGGAUACAUUCCACAUCUCCCGGCAUUGACGGAAGAAGACAAGAGCAACUUGAUGUAUGGUGGGCCAAGAUAUGGUGGAGGAAGAUUUAAUGCUCCUAGUGACAAUAGAGAGUAUAUCAACAAGGGACCAGCAGGAACUGAGAUAUACAAAGCAUACUCGAUGAGAAGAGGUGGGUAUAGAUCUUAUUUGCAAUAUUUGAAAGACGGUGUAUUGCCUGAUUCAGGGACACGACAAGGUGGAUAUCGCACCCAGAAUUAUGAUAAUAACCAAGGUUAUAACAGAAACUACAACCAGGGGUACAAUAAUAGCCAAGGGUACCAUAAUCAAGGAUACAGUAGUAACCAAGGGUACAAUAACCAAGGGUACAAUAACCAAGGGUACAAUAACCAAGGGUACAAUAACAACCAAGGCUAUAAUCAAAAUUAUAACCAAGGAUAUCAAGGACAAGGUUACAACCAAAACUACAACCAAGGUAACCACAGACAACAAGGUCAUGGCUACAAUCAGAAUUACAACCAAGGAUACAAUCAAGGAUAUGGCCAAGGUAGACAAGAUUAUGGUCAAGGCAGACAAGAUUAUGGUCAAGGCAGACAAGAUUAUGGUCAAGGCAGACAGGACUAUAACAAGCAGUCCAGAUCAGGAUACCUUCCUCCCAAUUCAAACAGGGGCAACUACCGAGGCAGAAAUUCUUACAGACAAUAGGCAAUUGUAUUAUAUAAAUUUCUUUAAUGAUUUCUAACGAACUCUAGUGCAAUAUAUAUAAGUUCCAGUUUUUAUGUACAUUAUUUGAUAUGGCUAUUUUGAUUUCAUGGCGAUCUUGUUCCGGCAAGGCAAUUAUACUUCCGUCAACACAAAAUCUUCGGUUUCUAAUUGGUUCUGUAUUUGUAGUCUUCAAUGUAAUUUCGUCUCCUUGUUUGAGUUUUUCAUAAGUUACGUUUGGGUCUUCAGCAUGAGCACCUUUGUUGUACACGUCCUUCAUUACUUUCAUUAUAUAGUCUCCAUUUCCUUCUUUGUCCUCUUGGGUAUUAAAGGUAACCAAGUACAAGCUCUCUUCAAAGAUAUUUCCCUUGGGUGAAAUUUCAAACGUAGGUUCAAACCUCUGCGACGAUGUGACCAACCAAUAUGCAAACGGGCCCGAGAUUUUCCUAUUGUUUAUGUAGCAAUCACCUUCAUACUUUUGCUCUUGCUUUAGAUUAUUCAUGGCAGCAAUUUGAAAUCUUUGAAGUCCAAAUUUGCGCAAUUCUGGAGUAUCGCUAUCCGCCACUAAUGAAGCAUGGAACCCCCAUGAAACAACAACAAGAAACUUUAAUUUACCUUGAAUUUCAUCCUUCUUUUCGUCUUGCACUAAAUGGUAUGAACCAGUGGGGAAAUCAACUUCAUAUAGGUACAAUGGCGCUGGUUGAUUGGAUGAGGUUACCAAUUUAGCUACCGCCUCUAUCUGCAGGGUUAAGUUUACAGAUAGAGCAAGACUAUUACCUGUUCCCCCUGGAAUAGGGAAUACUGUGAUAUUCUGGUUGGCUUUGGCCUCGGGGAGUCCAUUUAUGAAUUCAUUAAUGGAAGUAUCGCCACUGAUAAAGAUAAUAGUCAAGUCUUCUUCUAUCUUGCUCAAGCUACGGGCAAAUUCAACUAUAGACGCUGCUGAAGUGGUUGCGUAGUAUUCAUAGCCAAUCUUCAACAAUUGGAAUAAUGGUUUUAUGAUCUUGCUGUAUAAGUUAUCAUCAGCACGACCUGUUCCAGAUUUGAUUGAGUCAACAAUGUAAACCUUAUUGCUUGUCAAGACGGGAUUUAACUUUGCUUGGUUAAUUGUAGUGGUGGUGGCGGUGGCGGCCGGGGCACCAGUGACAGUGGAAUCGGACGAUGUUGUGAAAGUAUAUACUUCUCCAUCCUGUGAAAAAUGGAUCAAUGUGGACUGAUCCUCGAUAUAUAUACUAACCCCUGAUUCUGACGACAUGCUAAGUAUAGAAAAAUGUAUAGAUAUAGUAGUGGAUUGGAGCUGGUUUGCAAUUUGAGGAACAAAAUUACUAAGCUGAUUUCCAAAAGGCUUGUUUUCGCCACAGUUGGUAGCUCCAAUUUCUAUGUGGCUCUGGAGAUAUCCAUAACCUAAAGACCACCUGAUUGCCCUGUCAUUAUGACGGGGAAGAUUAGAUCCGAGAGUAUAUAAAGGUUGGUACUAGUGUCUGGUUUAUUUAUAUAAGUUAUUUUCUGUUUAGAG